AUGGAUUUUCAAGAGAUCUUGGCUCAAGCAUCUCACAACGCUCAAAAAUCCACCAAAGUAAUUAGUCAAAGUGAAAAGGAUCGACAAGAACGUCUCAAACGAGACAGGGAGUUAUACGCCAAACGUCUAGAGCAAGAGCGCAACCAAAAGAAGCUCAAAGCUCCUCCGCCACCACCAAAACCACAGCCAAAACAGGUAGAUUCGCUAGAUUUGUAUUUACUCUUCUUUAGUUUGUGAUACCCAAAAAGAAACCGAGCGAUAAUGGUGUUACCUCUGAUGGAAUCAGUGCGUAUUUGGAGAAGCAGCGAGCUGACAACUUGGAGAAGAUCAAACAGCAAAAGAAGGAGAGGGAUGAGCUGAUCAAGAAGCGGUUGGAAGUCAAUGGAGGAAGGGUAGGUUAGCUACUAAUAAAUUGAAUUUAUUGGUGUUUUUGAUUUAUUCUUCUGUCUUUAGGCUAACAAGAAGAUUGCAUCUCAGUUUGGGAAGAGCACCAUCGAACUUCAAACCAAAUAUGCCCAUAAUUCGCAUCGAGAAUUGGAGUUGUUUCGAAGAGAGCAAAAGGAACAAGAAGCCAUUGAAAAACAGGCCAGUAAAUUGAAAGAGGGCAUUGACAAGGCGAUGGAACAUCGUCAGAAGCUUCAAGCAAAGGCUGGUGGAUCUACGAAAGUGACGGGAGCUCGAGUUGGAAAUGUCAAAGCCGAUGGUUUCGCGAGUUUAUCUUCCAAGCAUGAGUAAGAAAAAUUUUUAGUUUUUCUUUUGAUUUUUAGGUGCUUUGUAUUCUUGAUACCUUGGAUUUAGGUCAGUGACGACGAAGCGAAAGUCCGAGGAGUUCAAGACCAUGGGAUCGAGCCAGCCGAAACGAAAACAGCCAUCUUUUCCUUCAGGCGGAGGAUCUUUGGACUUCCAGAAGCUGAUGGAGCAAGCUCAGCAAAACAAGGAUAUUGAAAAGGCUGCAGCAAGAGCCAAGGCGAUCCGAGAGAAACGCUAUGAUCUUCUGGAACAACUUGACGGGAAGUCUUCGAAUCCAGGACCUUCUUCAUUGAAAUCUUCAUCAUCAAGAGAUUCGAUCCCCUCCAAAGUGCCUAGAAUGGAGCCAAAGCCUUCGAACGGGUCGUUAUCUUCCAAGGAAAUGUUUAAGAAGCCCACGGUAUCAGCGAAAGCCUCGUUGGCAGCAGCCAAAGCCUCUUCGUUAAAGUCUACGCCAAGCACAUCUAAAUCAAUGUCCAAUUCGACUUCAAAGCUCGCAAAUCAGACAAAGUUGUCGACGGCGGCGAUGUACGCUGCAGAGAAGAAGGAGCCAAGGAUAUUACCGGGUGAUAUUCGAUAUAAAGGACCGAGUAAAAGCGAAAAGAAAGAGGAUGAAAGGCCGAAAAUUGAUCCGUAUAAAGCUGCUUUAUCGAAGUAUGGAGGGAAUGGAAUUGUCAAGAAUGAUAAGUAUGAUCGGCUUCCGGCCAAAAGCAAGAUCAAUGAGAGGGAUAUUGAGGAGAGGAGGAGAGCUGCGGCAAUGCUGGAGAGAGAUAAUAAACGGUGAGAUUUUGAAUUUUUUUUAUGUUUUUUAUAUUAGUUUAUGGUUAGUAUACUUGUUUUUUGAAUUGUAUUUGAUAGAAUUUGCCUUGAUUUUGAUAACAACUGCUUUUUAUCUGACGAAUUUUGAGAUUUCACAGCGUUUUUGAUUUUUUUUAUAUUACACUAGUCCAUUUGAUGGAUAAUAUCGAUUUUCUCUCAAUUACUGUUGAAUUUCAGGUCUGAGCGAGAUAGGUAUGAAAAAAGAGAGAAGGAACGGUAUGAUAGAGACCGGUACGACCGCGGCGCCGACCGUUAUCGAAGCCGAUAUGAUGAUAAACCACUGAGAAGAGAUUACAGUGAGGAUGAAAUGGACUAUGAAGAAGAGGAAUACGACUCGGAUCUGGAUGGAUUUAUUGACGAUUCGGAGUUGGAUGACCUGGAACGAGCCGAUUUUGAGGAGUCCUUGAGGUGGGAUCUUGAUUUAGAUUUUGGGUAUCAAGGUUAAUAUUCAAAUUAAAAAAAAUGUGAAAACGGCUUUGGGUUUUGGAUUUUUGAAGCCUUGAAGGUGAUUUUGAGGUCAAAAUGAAUUGUAGAUGGGAAAUCUGGAGAGUUUUGAAGACGAUUUUGGUUAUAAACUUGUUAUUUUCAGACUGAUCAACCCCCGGUACAACAAGAAACUGUGGAAAGCCCGCGAAAGAAUGAUCGACGAACGCCGCAUGCAAGCCAAUUUCCGCGAUCUCGAAGCCGAGGAACGCCGCAGCAGCAAACUCGCGAUGAUGGAGGAUAUAAUCGAAGCCGAACGAGGCAGCCGAGGCCUGUGA